CGGCUGUGGGCGGAGGAGAUGACGUGUGCCAGGCGGGGUCGCUCUAGGCGGGAGGGUCCCGGUGUCUAUGGUGCUGGCGGACCGAGGCGCUCGGCGGCCGGAUCGUGCCUGGCCCCGGGGGGCGGCCGGAGCCAUGAGCGUGGACAAGGCGGAGCUGUGCGGCUCCCUGCUCACCUGGCUGCAGACCUUCGGCGUCCCCUCUCCGUGCCGUACCUACCAGGAUCUGACCAGCGGGGUCCCCAUUGCCCAGGUCCUGCACAGGAUAGACUCCUCUUGGUUCAACGAGACCUGGCUGCUGCGGAUCAAAGACGACACCAGCGACAACUGGAGGCUCAAGGUGAGCAACCUGAAAAAGGUCCUGCAGAGCGUGCUGGAGUACUGCCAAGAUGUCUUGGGUCACCAGAUCUCAGAGCGCCACCUGCCCGACGUCAACCUGAUCGGGGAGUUCUCGGACACCUCGGAGCUGGGGAAGCUGCUGCAGCUGGUGCUGGGGUGUGCCAUCAGCUGUGAGAAGAAGCAAGAGCACAUCCAGCAGAUCAUGACCUUGGAGGAAUCCGUCCAGCACGUGGUUAUGGCGGCCAUUCAGGAGCUGAUGACCAAGGACCCAUUGGACACGCUGGCCUCCGAGACGUACGGCAACUUCGAUAGCCAGUCCCGGAAGUACUAUUUCCUCAGCGAGGACCUGGAGGAGCCGGACGACAUGCGGCAGCGCUGCCAGGAACUGGAGCAACAGGUCUCCGUGCUGGUGGAAGAGAAGAACACCCUGACCCUGGAGAACAAGACCCUGAAGGAGCAGAAGAACCGGCUGGAGUCAGAUACCGGCAGCAAGAAGCUGCUGCUGCUGCAGGCUCAGAUCACGCAGCUGCAGGAGGAGACCUUCAGGCUGGAGAGCGGGAAGGAGGACUUCCGCACGCGCUGUGAGGAGCUGGAGAGGGAGGUGCAGGAGCUGCAGCAUCGGAACGAGGAUCUGAGCAGCCUGGCCGAGGAGGCUCAGGCCCUGAAGGACGAGAUGGACGUGCUGAGGCACUCCUCGGACAAGGUGGGCAAGCUGGAGGCCGCGGUGGACACCUACAAGAAGAAGCUGGAGGACCUGGGCGACCUGCGGCGGCAGGUGCGGCUCCUGGAGGAGCGGAACACGGUCUACAUGCAGCGCACCUGCGAGCUGGAGGAGGAGCUGCGCAAAGCCAACGCCGUCCGCUCCCAGCUGGAGACCCACAAGAGACAGGUGCGCGAGCUGCACAGCAAACACUCCGAGGAGGCCUUGAAGGCCGAGAAGUGGCAGUUUGAGUUCAGGAACCUCAAGGAGAAGUUCGAGGCGCUGGUGAAGGAGAAGGAGCGCCUGAUGGAGGAGCGACACUCCCUCCGUGAGGCCAACGAGGAGCUGAGAUGUGCCCAAGUGCAGCAGACGUGCCUGAGCCAAGCAGAUGCCUUGCUGGACGGAGCCUCUUCUCCCAUGGACAACCUGGCCGCUGAGAUCUUGCCGACUGAACUCAAGGAGACCAUCGUGCGCCUGCAGCAUGAGAACAAGAUGCUGUGCGUGCAGGAGUCGACGUACCGGGAGCAGCUGGCCGAGCUGCAGGGGCAGCUGGAGGAAUCCAACCGCACCAAGAACCGGCUGGAGACCCAGCAGAGGUUGCACCAGCAGCAGAUCUCGGAGCUGAAGGCCCAGGUGGAGGAGCUCCAGAAGGCGCUGCAGGAGCAGGGCACCAAGGCGGAGGAUGCCAUUUCCUGCCUGCUGAAGAGGAAGCUGGAAGAGCACCUGGAGAAGCUGCACCAGGCCCACUCGGAGCUGCAGAAGAAGCGGGAGGACCUCGAGGACUUGGAGCCCAAAGUGGACAGCACGACCGCCAGGAAGAUCAACGAGCUGCAGCAGUGUCUGAAGAAGAAGGACGAGGACAUGAGGGCCAUGGAGGAGCGCUACAAGCGCUACAUGGACAAGGCCUGCACGGUCAUUAAGACGCUGCACCCCAAGCAGGCGCCGUCCAAGGCACCCCCCGAGAUCCAGGCCUUAAAGAACCAGCUGCAGGAGAAGGAGGUGAAGAUCCAUCACCUGGAGACCAACUUGGAGAAGACGAGAUCCCAGCGGGAGCAGGAAGAGAAGCUGAUCAUCAGCGCCUGGUACAACACGGGCAUGGCGCUCCACCAGCAAGCCACGGAGCAGCGAUCGGCCACCUCCAGCAGCGCCCAGUCCUUCCUGGCCCAGCAGCGCCAGGCCACCAACGCCCGCAGGGGGCAUCUGGGGCGGACCCAGCCCCUGCUGGCCAAGUACGGAGACAAGCCCCCCCAGCUGCACUGACCGGAGCCCCUCCCACUCCUAUCCCCCUCCAGGGCUGCGUGGGGUGGGGGGGUCUUGGGACUGGAGCGUCUCACCCGUUGCUGCCCUGUGGCACCCGCCCCCCGCAGUGCCACUGCCUGUUACGGUGGGGGGAAUGCAGGCAGCAAGGGGCUAACCCUGCCUCUGCCCUCCCCCAGAGAUGGGCUGCCGGGGGGGUGCCGGGGGGAGUGGAUCUGCCCGUGAUCUUGGGGGGUGGGGGGCUGGAGAUGGACUCUGCUGCAAGCCCCCUUGCUACUAGAAUGGGGGGGAGUGAACAGGGAGGAUGAGCCAGGACCCUCCCUGCCCCCCCCCCCCAAGCCUCAGCCCCUAACCGCUGCCCCGACCCUACACGCACCCCCACGCUCCCUGGGCCGGUCCCUUUGAGCACUGAUCCCCAGCCCAGGAGGGGGCUGGCAUCCCCCUCGGUGCUGCCCUGUGCCUGAGGCCCUUCCCUCCCCUCUCUGAAAGACCCCCCUGAAUUUUAACCCCUUCUUGGCCCCUCUCCCGAGCGCAGCGCCACGAGCCCCUCGGCCGAGGCACCCGGCAGUCAGUGGCCGUGGCGCCUGGAGGAGGCGCUGGCUCGUGUUCGAGGCGUCCGUGGUGAGACAGCCGAACACUUGGGUGCCGGUGCGGCUGGGGCAUUUAACGCCAGCGUGGUCUCUGCCAGCACCACAGCUCCUGCGCUCAGGGCCAGUCCCAUCCCCUGUGGGCGUCGGGAGCUGGGCAGUUCUGCUGCUUGGUGCCACCCAGCCAGUGCCCGUGGGUGAGUGGAGAUGGCUCGCAGCCUCUGGGCAGGGGUCUGCCCCCUUCAUAAUUCCCUGCCGGAGCCUCUGACUUGCUGUUGACCAAAAUCUGACCUGAUUAGCAGCUGUGCCAGCCACCCCACUCCCGGCACCUUCAUGCACCAGGACGUCCCCGCUUCCUUGUCAGUUCCUAGCUGCUGUGGCAGCAGGUGCCACCUGGUCCCAGGCUUCACCUCGGGGAUCCGGGAUCCCUGUUCCCCGGGUUCUGCUCCGUUCCCUGCCCUCCACCAGAACCCGCCAGCCGGGGCCUGGGCUGAGACGCGAAAGCUACCGGCAAACCUCCCCUUCAACACUAACCGCCUCUCCCGGCCGCUGGGAGCAAGGCAGGGCCCAGAGUCGGUCACUACAGCCUGUGGCAAACCCAGCCCCCCUUGUUCUCCGUCGCGGGGGAGGUUCUGUGUCCGUUCUCCGAGACUGGGUCUAGCGGCGUCUUUUGGGUUUUAAAGUGAUCUGCUGUACUUUGCCCUCUGCUCUGUGUGGGUUGAUGUGGAUUGAGUUUUAUUUUUAAUGGGGGGGGGGCCAGAUUUUGCUGAGUUCCUCCUCUUCUUUCUUUUCAUUUUAGAAUGUGAUUUUAGUCAAACGCUGCUGGGGGUUUAAGACGCAAACUGUAUAUUUUGUAAAACUGUGACGGGGGAGGGGUUCUGUGGGUCUGGGCCCCGCGUCUUUUAUUUUUCUACUCUAGGGCAGCCUGCAAUGGUGCACGGGGGCACCUUGGCUCCUGUCCGCAAUCUUGACACUACCAAUAAAGAUGCUAGAAUCGUUCCUGCUGA